CUCCUCUUCUCCUCGCUCUUCUUCCCAACCGCUCCCCGUCGGCAGCCCAAGGUGACUCCCGGGACCGCAGCCGGGCGACACUACCACAAACCCUGAGAGUUCACGCGCUACGAACAUCAAAGGGUACCCUCACACAAUUCCCAGAGGAGAUUGCGGGCGAAUUCCGAACGUACUACAAACGCUUGUACAACAUUGCCACCGGAACAAGAGACGUACGUGAGGAUAGGAUAGCAGAAGCCAUGACACUAUACCUCCAAAGCUUCAGACCCGAUACACUUUCACCGGAAGAAGCCAGCAUUUUAGAAACUCUGAUAAAUACGGAGGAAGUCCAAGUGGCAAUUAA